AGACUUAGUAUUGUCAAAUCUUUCAAUGUCUGCUGCACUGCACUAUCAAUUUUAAUUUCAACUUACUUUUUAUGGCUAAAAAUGUUCAAAUAACUUAACUUAAUUGGGUGUUUUUGGGAAAUCCUACAAAAUAGUUCAUACGUGUGCAACUACUUUUAUAUUUCAUAGAUAACCCCAAUCAAUUUUCAUUGUGGUGACGUAAAUUAUGGCAUUGACUACAAAAAACUAAUAUUUUAUGCAUCCCAAAUGGGUUUUUACAGAAAAGAGUAAUCUGUGUGAUGAUUAAAUAAUGUCGACCACUGCCCCUGGAAGGGGUGAUCUUGACUUAAAAUUCAUGGAUGCUGCUAUUUUGGAUGAAGGUGAAAUGGUCCCCCAGGUGCCAGUCACCAGGGCGCCACUGCCAGAUCGCUUCAAAGAGUUCCUAUGUGGUGGAGGGGCAGCCUUCUGCAACAUCCUCAUUAGCUACCCUCUGAACAAACUGAUAUUUAGACAGAUGAUGCAUGGAGUAGAAGCAACAUUUGCCCUCAACCAACUUCAGAAAGAGGGCCUUGCAUACUUGUAUAGAGGUAUGCUUCCACCACUCAUGCAGAGAUCAGUGUCUAUGUCGCUCAUGUUUGGGGUUUAUGAUGAAUGUCUCCAGCCGCUACUUCACCACAAAGUAAAUCCAAUUGUUGCCAAAUCCGUAGCUGGAGUAGUUGCAGGCUGCUGUGAGGCCACUCUCAUGCCAUUUGAACGCAUACAGACUCUCCUAAUCCAUCCUAAAUACCACAACAAGUUCAAGAAUACAGCUGAUGCAUCAUUGUAUAUCUACAGGCAUUAUGGCAUCAAAGAGUUCUACCGAGGGCUUGUGCCAAUAAUGCUGCGGAAUGGCCCAUCUAAUGCUAUGUUCUUCUUAAUUCGUGAUGAAGUCAGAGAUAGGCUACCAAAGCAAGAGGGUGUAUUUUGGCAAAGCUUCCAACAUUUCUUAGCUGGAGCCACUAUAGGAGCAUUCCUUAGUACCUUGUUUUAUCCCCUGAAUGUGAUUAAGAUUGCAAUGCAGUGUGAGCUGGGUGGGCCACACAGAACAAUGGUUUAUGAAUUUAAGUACAUAAUGCGUAAACGCGAUUUUAGGAUAGCAAAUUUUUAUCAUGGGGCUUGGCUGAAUAUUUCUCGGGCAUUUUUAAGUUGGGGCAUUAUAAAUGCUUCUUACGAAGUUUUAAAGAAAAUAGUGUAUGCCUAGUCAAUUUAUACUGGGUCUGAAACAUACAAUGAGUUGUAAGACCUAAUUGUUUUGUUAUUUAGUUUUAUUACAGCCAUUUAUGGUGCUGUGCAUGUUAACCUGUACAUAAUAUCAAUAUUUCUGUUAAGUAGUCAAUGUAUUAUGUUUAUCAAACAGCAUUUAUGUACAUUAUGUAUAAAACGAAACAAUUCCUUGUGUAACUUUGAAUCUGAUAAUAUUAAUCUGCAGUGGUCUUCAUCGAUAUUAAACAUGAUAUUUUUCGAAAAUUAGUUAGCAUACACUACCUAACUUGUAAAAAUCUGUUUACAUAAUAUUACAUGUACCGAUAAACCGAUAUUAAUGUCUCAAAUUCACAGUAAGGCCUAAAAAAUAUGAAUAAAAUGUGGCUGGCUAUUAGAAGAUUCAGAAGUACCUACCUAAAUAUCCAGUGUAAAAUGUGUUUUACAUUACUCGUAGUUGUGUGCUACAAUAAUUUAUGUACCUAAUAAAUAUUUUAUAACUAUAACAUAAUC